UGGGGGAAAGCCACUGUGUGAGAAGCAGAAUGGAGAUGGAGGAGGAUGAAGAGCAAAAAGAGGAGAAGGAAAAUGAUGCUUCACAAGGUGAUGCCGUCCAGAAGGAGCAUAAACAAGGAUGGUCUCCAUGUUUCUUCCAGAGGCCAGAUAGAGAGUUGUAUCAUUAUGCUGGCCAGGAGAUCAUCAUCCAGGAGGCUUUUGACUCCUAUGCAGGCAUGAUAUGGCCAGCGGCUUUGGCACUUUGCCACUACCUGGAUUCUCAUCAGAACCAGCUAAGUCUUGUGGACAAAGCGGUGCUGGAGAUCGGCGCAGGAACCGGCCUUCUGUCUAUUGUGGCGUCACUCCUCGGGGCCUGGGUGACUGCCACCGACCUUCCAGAUGUUCUGAGCAACCUGAGAUUCAACCUGUCCAAAAACACCAGGGGGCGCUGCAGGCAUACACCUCAGGUGGCGCCUCUGUCGUGGGGCUACGACCUGGAGAGAACUUACCCCACGUCGGUCUACCGCUACGACUACAUCCUAGCCGCUGAUGUGGUCUACCACCAUGACUUCCUGGAAGAGCUCAUGGCCACCAUGAAGCACUUCUGCAAGCCAGGGACCACCUUGAUCUGGGCCAACAAGGUCAGAAUGGAGUCUGACCUCACAUUCGCAGACAAAUUUAAGGAGGCCUUUAAGACAAGGGUUCUACACGAGGAUGGGGAGAUAAAGAUCUUCAUGGCCACUUGCAGAGAGGAUGGAAGGAGAAAUGAGCAACGGGAGGGAGGCUGUUUCCAUGGAAACAAGGAUGGAGAGUCUUUGGUCAAAUCAGAAAUUGGACAAGCUGGAAGAAAUGAUGAAUGUGAGUCGGAGGAGAAGACCAGCCGAGAAGAACAUGAGACGAAUCAGGCUGAGAACAUCUCAGUUUCACUUGAAGAUUUGUCAGAAGUACAUGAGGCCAAAAGAAGUCAGCCUGACAGGACACCAGCCUGGGUCCCCAGCAUCAACAGCAGCUUUGGUAAAGAUGUGUACCGUUACACAGGACAGGACAUCGUCAUUCACGAGUCCAUUGAUUCCUUUGGAGCUGUCAUGUGGCCGGCGGCACUGGCUCUGUGCUCCUUUCUGGACAACAACAAGCACAUAGUGGACCUACAGGGGAAGAAGGUGCUAGAACUGGGAGCCGGAACCGGACUGGUGUCCAUUGUGGCCAGUUUGUUGGGAGCCGUAGUGACAGCAACAGACUUACCUGAGGUGCUGAGUAACCUCAGGUCCAAUGUGAUGAGGAACACUAGGGGGCGUUGCAGGUUCACACCCACCGUGGUGGCACUGCCCUGGGGGGGUGACAUGGAGCACACCGACUCCGUAUCGACGCAUCGCUUCGACUAUGUUUUUGCAGCAGAUGUGGUUUACCAUCAUGACUUCCUGGAUGAGCUUCUGGUCACAAUGAAGCACUUCUGUCAGCCUGGCACCACCUUGAUCUGGGCCAACAAGACCAGACUGGAGUCUGAUCUCACGUUCAUAGACAAAUUUAAGGAGGCCUUUAAGACAAGUUUGCUGGAUGAAGAUGGAGAGAUGAAGAUCUACAUGGGAAGAUGCAGAGACAUGGACAACUGACUGAAUAACG